GGCGGGGGCGAGCCAAGAUGGCGCUGCUGGUGCGGGAGCCGCUGUGCUCGCGGGCGCGGCUGCGGGCGCUGCCCCCCGGCGGCGGCUCGGUGCGCGGCCUGCUGCGGGACUGCGCUCGGGAGCUGGUGAGUGGCGGCGGGACGGCGCUCUGGCCCCGCGGGCGGCCCUCCCCGGCUCGUAGGCCGGCCUCCCUCGCUGCGAACGUUCCCGAAGAAAGUUUGUACGCGAAGUGUAACGGGCGGCUGGCGGCCGGAGGAGACGUGCUGCGGGAUGGCGCCGUGUACAGCCUGGAGCUGCGGCUGUGCGGGGGGAAAGGAGGAUUUGGAUCUAUGCUCCGAGCACUCGGUGCUCAGAUUGAAAAAACAACCAAUAGAGAGGCUUGCCGGGACCUCAGCGGAAGGAGGCUUCGUGAUGUCAAUCAUGAGAAAGCGAUGGCUGAAUGGGUGAAGCAGCAAGCGGAACGGGAAGCAGAAAAAGAGCAAAGGCGCUUGGAAAGGCUGCAGCGGAAACUUGCAGAGCCAAAGCACUUAUUUACAAACCCAGACUACCAGCAGCAGUGUCACGAAAUGGCUGAACGGCUAGAAGAUUCUGUCCUUAAAGGAUUGCAGGCCUCGUCUAGCAAAGUAGUGUCACCAGAAAGCAGCAGCGGUCGGAAGCGUCCAGGUGAAUCUGGGAAGAAAGGAACCAAAUAUGGAAAAAAGAGAUGUUUUUGGCUGGGCUUGGAAGGAUUGGAUGAUAGCGACAGUUCAGAUUCUGGUGACAGCGGUGAAGAUGAUUCCCCUCAGACAUCUGAUGGAAGCUGUCCAUCGGGAAGCAGGCAUAAUGAAAACGCUGGAAAUGCCAAUGAAUGUUCAAGCAGCUCUGUGGAUUCGGUAGAGCACAGUCCAGCUGCCAGCGCUGCUGAGGAGGAGGCAUUGCAGCAACCAGAGCUCACUGGAAUAGAUCAGCAGGAGGAGACCCGCACAGGUGGCCAACCUGACGUUCCAGCUGAUGAAAGCAGUGAAAUGACAAAGGCACCUCUGCAGGAAGAGGCCCAAGAAAAGAGUGAAGUAACUCAGACUAUGAAGGAAGAAGAGCAAGAAAACGUUUCUUCUAAGGCCCAGGAAACAAAUCAGUUACCAAGCACAGAUGUGGAACCAAUCGACCUGCUUGCUUUCAGUUCUGCUGCUGAAAUGGAAGCGCUGGGGUUAGAUAAGCUGAAGAUGCAAUUGAUGGCCUUAGGACUGAAAUGUGGAGGCACUUUGCAGGAGAGAGCAGCAAGGCUUUUUUCAGUGAGAGGUCUGUCCAGAGACCAGAUUGAUCCUUCCUUAUUUGCAAAGCCUUCUAAAGGGAAAAAAGGGAAAUCUUAAAUUACUUUGUGUCUGUGUAUUUUAAUUUUUCUGUAUUCUACUGUCACUGUGUACUGUCACAAAGAACUCUUUGGCAUCUCUGGAUAAUUUUUUGUUUCCAUUUUAAUGAAGUUUAGCCGACACAACACAGAGGAAGCUGUUAAAUAGCGAGUUAGUCAUGUGUUCAAUAUUAAAGGAGUGAAAUACUGCCUUGUGAUAAGCUUUACCAACAGUUAUAACCAAUCUUAAUGUAACAGAACGAUCUCCCUGCAGAUGGGAAGAAAGAACCCGUGUGUUUUCCAGAGAAUGGAAACCAUGGCACCAUCCUCACCUGUUUAAAGAAGAACAUCAAUCCUUUCUUAGCUUUGUAUUGGAUCUCCUUUAGUAUUUAUUCCAGGAGCACAGUUAAAAGACAAACAUCAGACUUGUGAUUUGGGCUUAAAAGCUGAAGUUUCUUUGUAUGAAAAGAUUCCUAUGGAUGGGGGUCAGUCUUAAUAAAUUCUGUUCUGUGAAUUAGUGAGAUGUCAGGCAUCAGUAACUAAUUGGUAAAAAUGUUUCUUUCACAAGAAGUUAUAUAAAGGAACUUAUUUUGCUCUUUAAAAACAAAUGAGUGGCUGGGGAAGAGGAAAGAAUUACCUCCUAAGAAAGUAAAAAGAAUGAAGUGCGUUUGCUCCUUGCUGAAGGUGAGUACGUUUCAGUGUUCAUCUGAACCUGAAUGGGAAAUGUAGUGUCGGUUUUAACUUCUUUCCAGUGGCAAAAGCAAUGAAGCAGGCACCCGAGUGUCUGCAGUGGUGGUGCUUUAUCCCAGCACAGUCUGUAACCUCAGAGAUGGGAGUUAUCCCACAGGAGCCUUCACCACCUCGUUGGAACAGCAGCAUGCUUUUAUGACUGCAGGUACAGCUGCCGCUUCUUCGGGUUGAGAGGCUUUGGAUUGGUGCCUCAGACUUCAGAUUUUGCCACCAUAUGCUGAGAGUAUUAUGUUCAUGAGCUACUUAUCAGAUUUCCUUGGAGAGACUUGGCCAAAUAAAGAUUUCCCUCCUUCUCUGCCACUGUA